AACUCAAGCAGAGCAAGUGAUGCAUGACGUCAAUACGUUGGAACUGACAGUUUCUGGCUGAGCUCGUCAGUCAGCGGCUUUAUUUUAGUUUGUAUUUGCUUUCGUUUUGCUUUGCGCUUAAAUCACUGCGUUAAAUGGGGACUGAAGGCUUGCCAUGAAACUCCGCUUGCAGAAUGACAGAAGGGCUGUGAAAGUGUGGGAGUCUCCUGCUGUCAUGCAGUCUAAUUCGAGACAGGAGGGCACUCAUGCAAGAAAUGGUUUAUACCCUCCUCUGCAAGCAGAGCUUCCCGCCAGGACUGCGCCCUCUAGUGAUGCACCUGCUGCACAACCUAAGAGUAACGAGGUGCGGGUUCCCAUGACCAGUGUACCGGGGGAGUCGGGCGGAGGUGCGUCCACCAGGAGGUCCAGGGUCAACACUCACAGCCAUUCCCAUGGACACGAACGUCACUGUGGGCAGCGCCACGCCAACUCGGAGCCUGAGCUUGGCCCGUCUGACUCGGAACAGGACUCUGGAGAACCCGCUGCCUCCUUGUCUGAUCUCAGGUGUCUGUUCCGUUGGCUCCAGAAGAGUCUUCCUUUCCUUGUGAUAUUAAGUGCUAAACUGGUCAUUCAGCAUGCACUGGGACUGGCAGUCGGUGCCGGCCUCUUCACUACUUUCCUCUACGUGAACAAAAGCAUCCAAAAGCAAGUAUUUCUUCAGGAUCGCCAUGCAAAGCUGCAGUGUGUGUGGUUGCUCCUCCUCCUGAUCUCCUCCACCCUCCUCCUUUACUACACCUUCCUCACGGAGACACUUUACAACUGCAUGGUGUUCCUCAAUCCAACUAUUGAGCCACUGGGAUUCUGGGAGGUCCUGUGGGCCAUCGGCAUCACCAACUUUAUUAUCAAAUUCUUCUUUAUGGGGAUCAAGUGCCUUAUUUUGCUCCUGCCUGCUUCUAUAGCCAACUACAGAACACAGGGACGCUGGCUACUGAUGACAGAGGAGCUGGGUCAGGUCUACCAGGCCUUGGCUCCUGUUCCUCUUUGGUUCCGCUACCUGGUCACCUACCAAGAGAGCGAUGGCCCCCCCGCGCUUACCGUGGGGAUCCUGCUGGCUUUGCUCUACCUCAUCCUGAAGCUGUUAGAAUUGUACGGACAGUGGACGUCUCUGCUUAAAACUCUCAGGAACUUUCUAGUGGACAAGCAUACGUGGACGGUGGCCACGAGGAGUCAGUGCGUGGAAGCAGGUGACGUAUGUUCCAUCUGUCAGGCAGACUUCAAAGAGCCUCAAGCGCUGCUCUGCCAGCACAUUUUCUGUGCAGAAUGCAUCGCUCUGUGGUUUCAGCGAGAGAGAAGUUGUCCUCUUUGUCGUACAGUCAUCACAGAUAAAGUGUACGUGUGGAGAGAUGGAGCCACUUCUCCACAUCUGCACAUUUAUUGAUCUCACUUCUUCUACUUUCAUGCUUUUUCCUCACCAGCUUUUCUUACAAAGGAAUAUUUAAAUAAGGAUUUCUACGAUUAAGUUUAAUCACAGCUUUCACUAGACAUGCUACCACAUUUUACAUGUCUAACCCUAAAUUUUGCAUCUUUCAUACUCUUUGUGCAGUGCGACUUUAUGCAAUAUAUCCUUUUUAUAUACAGUAUAUUUACUGUAUACUGUUUAUAUAUGACAUGAGGCUUUUACCAUAUAUUUUUCUACAUACACUCCAAAACCCUGCAAUUCAUUUGAAACCACUUGUAGAAUAGUUCAAAAGUACAUGUAAAAACCAAAGAAUGAAAGAAAUCUAUUUUAUUAAGUCAUGAAAUAUUCCUACUCGUUUUGUCCCUGUUAGAAAACAAAUAAUAAAAAAAAAAGAAAUAUU